AAAUGGGCGGUGGUUUUCUAGAAAAUGCGUUUCCUCGUCUGUCAUAUGCGAAGCGAAGGGAAGAAGUGAGCCGACCGACAGACCGUCCGGAGGUCCGAACAGAACCAGAACAUCACGUUAACCACGGCGGGAACGCCUCGUUACUUCUAUCUAUACAUUAUAUUAACGGCCAGCGUCACGCGGGCACCUUAACGCGACGUUUACCGCCUUUUUCUGCCUCUAGCUGUUAUCACGUCGCAGCCCCCCCCCUCCGCUGCUAGCUGUUAUCACGUCGCCCCCCGCCGCUGCUCGCCUUUGUGGCGAUGAGUACGGACUUACUCUCUGACCUGGACAGCCGAUUCUUCGCAGACAACCUCCUGACAAGCGAAGACUGGGAUGCCUGCCUGUACCAGUGUGAGAGCAUGGAGGAGGGCGAGGACGGAGACUUCAGCCGGGGGCUGAAAUUCGAACCAUCGUUUGACAAUGACCUCGUGCUCACCCUCGAUCCUGACAACCCCACAUCGCCAUGGCGACACCUGGACGACAACCUCCUCACAGGAGAAGCUCCAGUGAUCAAAAGUGAAAUGACCAUCACUCAGCCGCUGCCGGUGGAAAUGUUGUUUCAGGUGAAGGCUGAGCCUCCCUCUCCUGCAUCCUCACUCGGCUCUGACUGCUCGGUCUCAUCACCGGACCCUCAGAUCACAGUUAAAGGUGAAAACCCUCCGACUCCUCCCUACAUGUACGGCGACGUGCUGUCUCCUCCGCUGGGAUCCAUGGAGAUCACCGUGGCGACGACCGCCGUGCCUCCACCACAGACGCAGAUCCCCGCGGUCAUCGGCGGAAUACAGACUCAGGCUGCAGUUCUGCCGAGUUCGGCCACGUUGAAGGCCAGCACCAUCCUGAGCACCAAGCCCCCCAUCCAGCCCAGACCGGUGUGUGUCACCACCCUCCCCGUCCCGCAGACACCGGCACCGGCCAAGACCCUCAUACUGCAGGGCCUCCCCUCCAUGGACCAGACCAGACCCGUCGUCUUGUCUCAGUCCGUCUGCCUCGGUUCUGCUCCGGCCAUCGUCAAAAUGGAGCCCGUCUCUCCGAGCAUCCCGCAGCACUGCUCCAGCCCGACCGCUCCGCCCACCAGCAAACCCAUCGUCCCGGCGACGACGACGUUACCUGGCAACGGCUCCAACGACAUCGACAUGAAGGUGCUGAAGCGGCAGCAGAGGAUGAUAAAGAACCGGGAGUCGGCCUGCCAGUCGAGGAAGAAGAAGAAGGAGUACCUGCAGAACCUGGAGGCCCAGCUCAGGGAGGCCCAGCAGGAGAACGAACGUCUCCGGAGAGAGAACCAGGCGCUGAGGGAGAGGCUGGCCGGGAAAGAGGGCAGCGACUCGGCGAGCAACAAGCGAGCCGUGUGCGUCAUGGCCGUCCUGCUGUUCAUGACCUUCAGCUUCGGCCCCGUCAGCAUCACGGACAGGAAGUUGUCGGGCCUACAGGAAGGCGUGGUGUCGUACACGGGACGGCAUCUGCUGGAGAUCGGACAAAAAAAACAGCAACAGUAUCGACAGCAGCAGGAGGAGACAGCCACUCAUCCGUCAAGCAGGGUGGAGGACAAGACGGAGACAGAGGAGGAAGGAGGAGACGACGCUCCGGAGUCGUAUCAGUUCAGGAACUUGAGUGACGUCUUCAGUGACAUGAAGGAUCUGGUUCUGCAGGACAUCGAUCGGUACUUCGCCUCUUCAGACUGCAGACAGUUCAACCGCUCCGAGUCUCUCAGGCUGGCCGACGAGCUCCGAGGCUGGGUUCAUCGACAUCAGAUCGACAGGAAGAAAUCUGGAGGGAAACCAAAGAUCGCCAAGAAGGCGAAGAUCGCCCAGAAAGCUCAGCUGAGGAAGACGAACUUCUCCAGAUAUCUGCCCAUCCAGACGCACCGCUCCAUAGAAAGUCAGCUGCAGGUGCUUCCCGGUCCUGAGGUCACGUACAGCGACUUCCUGGACGCCAUCGACCGCAGAGAGGACACCUUCUACGUGGUCUCUUUCAGACGGGAUCACCUGCUGUUACCGGCCAUCAGCCACAAUAAAACCAGCAGACCCAAAAUGUCUCUGGUGAUGCCGGCCAUGUCCGUGAACGAGAGCCUCUAUAACUCCUCUCAGGGUUACGAGAUGAUGAUGCAGGUCGACUGUGAGGUCAUGGACACGCGCAUCGUCCCCAUCAAGUCGUCCGCCGUCCCGCCGUCUCUCCGCGACCCGCCCCCGCCUCCCCCCUCCUCCCACCAUAACUCCCAUCACCACGGCAACCACACCUCGCUGCGGGGACGCCACCAUCCUCACCCCGCCCCCUCGUCCUCCUCGCCGUCAUCGCAGAGGCAACCUUUACCUGCGCGGCGGCGGACAGCGAAAUAUUUAAUCAGCCAAUCAGAAGGAGUCUGAUGAGGUAACAACAAAAACCUCCACGAAACAUCAGAAAAACCGUCAGUCACCGCCGUUACCAUAACGACGGGGCUGGGAUCGAAGAUAACGUCCUAAUAUAUAAAAAUCUACACAGCAGCACACCGCACUUAGAACCCGUGCUGCGUUUUAAUAUUUAAUGUUGACCAUGUACAGUUUGAAUGACAGGAAGCGGUUUGUGUGGCUCAGCUGACCCACAGGCGGCGCCGCAGAGCUGCACGGUCACGACCGACACGACGACCUUUUCCUCAGCAAUAAAAAACCCCCGAAAGAAACUAAAAUCAUCGCUCGUCACCGCGCAGCUCCGCGAUCACGUUGCCGACGCCGCCCGACAGGUCUGUGGAGUUUGCUUUGUAUAUUUGUGUCGUCGUGGCGAUGAAGCUGCACGUAGAGGAUAAAAACAUCAGGACGGAGGCCGCCGCGGGAAGCUGGAUCUUAUGACGUUUAACAUCUCUGCAGAGAUUUUGUAAGAGCGGAAGUAGAAAACUUUCACAAAUAUGAAAACAUUUAAAGUUUAAUUAAAGUUUAACUUUGUCUCUGUACUUUUCAUUUUGGUGGAUUUCGACACAAUUUCCUUGUUUUACGUGAAAGUAUCUGACUUCUUCUCGGAGUCGUAACUCUGUAACUACUGAUAUCUGUCCGUUCAUUCACGAGUACGCUGCGAACAGCUGAACGAACACGCCGGCGAUCUCCUGAGAUCCGACUUCCCGCGGCCUCCGUCACGGUUGUUCACGUCUGUUUGUCUGAAUGGAGGGAUUAUUUAAUAGUUGUAAAUAUCAGCGUCUGCUCUGUAGAUAGACUGUUUGUUUGUUUUUGUCACUUUUUAUAAUUUUUUUUAUUUCUUUGUCUUUUGAAAACAAAAUGUAAAAAUAACAAAAAAUAAUUAUAAAUGUUUGUUGACUGAUGAAGACUUGCAGUAAAAGACCUGAAUUUUUAUAUUUUUUUUAUUCUCAUUUUUUUUUUUGUUCCUUGGACCAAUCAGCUUCGCUCAGUCUGUCCUGAUUUAAAUAUUCAUGGAGAAAUAUUAAACAGGUUUUUGUUUUGUUUUUUAUUGUACAGAAUAAAUUAAAGAGGACGUCUCCGUCUGUAAGCGAUCGCUCAGUUUGUCACAGAAAAGAUCAAAUCUGCCAAAAACAACAACAAAAAAAUUGUUUUUACUGGAAAAUUUUGUAAAAAUUGUUUCUUUCUUUUUUGUUUUCUGACCAAAAAACUUUAAGAUUUUGUUUCUCGUCUUUGUGUUUUUGUCUCUGCAAGUCUAAAAAACGCUUUGGAAGUAGAAAAAGACGCUGAGUUGCAUCAUGGGAAAUGUAGUAUCCAGUGGCUUCAUCUUUAGUUCACACUAAAACUCAGAAAAGUCCCGUUCUGUUUCUAAUGUCUCUGAGUCUGUAAAAAUAUAAAACACAAAGAUUUAUAAUAAAACAAGUAAACUCCAUUUUCUACUUCGCAGCAGAUCAACCUGAAUAUUUAGUUUCUGCUAAUAAGUGAAGAAGAAGAUUAAAAACGUUUUAACGGUGCGGUGAAUUCCUUCAUUAGUCUCACAGGAAACAGCUGACUUUACUGUUCCCUAUGAUGAUGGUGAUGGUGAUGGUCAUCGCUCAGUUUUCAUUUUUCUCUCCAGUUUCUGUUUGUCUGUUUGUUUGUGACGCUCUUCGUCGUCUUCAGCCUGCUGGACUGCUCGUCAUCCUCACGUCUGCACAAAACAAGAAAACAACAAAAAAUAUGAACUUUGUUUUUUUAUACUGAUUGAAUUUGUUACUUUUUGUGUAAAGAAAUGAAAAAAUAAAAAAGGUCGCGAGUGAGUCGACUGAAACGA